AUGAAAUCUUUACUAUUUCUUAUUCUUCUCGCCGCAAUCGUCGCAUGCUACGCUAGUGUAGAGUUCCAGGAUGAACCUAGGUCACUUCGAGCAAAACGUCAAUUCGGCUAUGGUUUCUAUAACCCUUUCUUUCCUCCUUUUUAUUACCCGUGGGGAUUUGGUCGUCGAUGGAGCUAUGGAUUUCAUCCUUUCUUUUAUCGACCUUAUCGCUGGCGUUACGGCUUUCCAUGAAAACUCCGCCAAAAACGCCAAUGGGGCAGAUGGGGUGGAAUGUAUGGCGGUAUGGGCUCAAUGGGGAUGGGAAUGAGACGCCCUCCACCUCCUCCGCGCAUGGGAAUGGGAAUGGGAGGAUGGGGCAUGGGAGGAAUGGGUGGAUGGUAUGGGAAAUAA